AUGUCGAAGGAAUUUGCAUCUGACUCUUCUUUACGGAGUUCAGUGGACAAAGCACCAGCUGUCAGCGAAUCCACAGAUGAAGAACGAGUAUACCUGACGGGUUUCAAACUUUUAUGGUUCGCCUGUUUGCAGCCCCUUACCGGGAGAAUCUAUACGAAUUUUACCUCCAAGUGGACGUUUCUGGUAUUCUUCUUUAUCUUUGAGCUUGGCUCGCUUCUAUGUGGCCUCGCAACAUCUUCGAAAAUGCUGAUUAUCGCAAGAGCAAUCGCCGGCAUCGGCUCCUCGGGGCUAAUGAAUGGUGCAUUGACUAUCGUCUCGGCAUCUGCACCCCUGCACAAGGCCCCAACUCUUUUUGGGAUGAUUAUGGGAUUCUGUCAGCUCGGUGUAGCAUUCGGUCCUCUUAUUGGAGGUGCUUUUACAGAGUACACAACCUGGAGAUGGUGCUUUUACAUCAAUUUGCCCAUCGGCGGUUUGGUAGCAUUGAUGCUUAUUUUCAUUGAGAUUCCUGAUCAAAUUGCUAAACCGUCAAUCAAGUCAGCAUUCGAUACUAUCACUCAGAAGCUUGAUCUUACCGGUUUUGUUCUUUUUGCACCCGCUGCCAUUCAGCUUCUUCUUGCACUUGAAUACGGGCAAAACAAAUAUGGAUGGAACAGUGCUACCGUGAUUGGCCUUUUCUGUGGUGCAGGUGGCACAUUCAUUGUCUUCGUUCUCUGGGAGCAUCACCAGGGCGAUAAAGCGAUGAUUCCUCUUGCGAUGAUCGCGAAGAGGAUUGUGUGGUCGAGCUGUCUUGUCAUGGUGACACUCUUCGCCAUGGUACUCUCCGCUUCAUACUACCUUCCGGUCUACUUUCAAUCGAUUAAAAACGGAUCACCUAUGAUGAGCGGAGUCUAUAUUCUCCCUAGCAUCCUGGCACAGUUAGUCUUUGCUGUUAUGUCAGGACUUCUCAUUGGGAGACUCGGAUACUACCUUCCAUGGGCCGUUUUCUGUGGUGUGGCAACCGCCAUCGGUAAUGGUCUCAUAUCGACAUUAUCCCCUGACACAUCGACCGGUAAAUGGGUCGGCUAUCAAAUUCUCAUGGGUGCAGGUCGCGGAGCCGGUUUCCAAACGCCCAUGAUUGCGAUUCAAAACGCUCUCGCGCCUAGCCAGGUUUCCGUUGGAAUGGCUAUUCUCAUGUUCAUCCAAACUCUCUCCGGAGCAGUAUUCCUCACCUUUGCCGAUGUGAUUUUCUCAACUGGUCUCAAGUCAUUAAUCCCAGAACAUGCGCCAAAUGCCAACGCAGCUGCCGUUGUUGCUGCAGGAGCCACAGGCAUUCGUGAUGUGGUUUCUGCCGAGGAUCUUCCGGGUGUCUUGACAGCGUACUCGAAGAGUGUGGAUCACGUUUUCUACAUGGCGGCUGCACUUGGUGCUGUUUGUGUCUUUUUCGCAUUCGGUAUGGGAUGGAAAGAUGUCAGGAAGAAGAAGCCUUCUCCUGAGAACGUUUGA